CGCGAGCGGAACGGGCCAGCGGUCAUUGUUUGCAAUGGUACAAGUGAGAGAACUGAUGAAAAUAAUUAGGCUGUCAGAUACAAAGAAGAACAGAAGAAAAAUAAUUAGAUGGAUGCAGAAACGUGGGAUACUGAGGAGGACCGUAAAGUGUGUAAAAUGCAAUCGUCGCAUGCAUCUGGUGACCUGCCAUGUCAAAGAUGGGCUGUGGUGGGUUUGUAAGCAUCAUAGAAGUUCUCCACAGUCUGUACGCAAUGGCUCGAUAUUCACGAAGUCUCACAUCCCCUUGAUAAAAUGGCUUGAGUUCAUGCACAGGUUUGCACAAGGUUUGCAGUUGAAACAACUUGCCAUGAUCACUGACGGGAUAGCAGCAAGUUCCAGGACAUUAACAAGGAUGGCAAAAGUACUCAGAAAGGUUUGCAUUGCUGCCGUCAAGCGGCUGAGGAAAAGAGGAAUGAGGAUCGGUGGUCGUCAUCGAUUUGUUGUCAUCGACGAGAGCAAAUUUGCCCACAAGCGAAAGUACCAUCGUGGUCGAUGUGGCAACACUUGGCGUCGUGAGCGGCAGUGGGUGUUUGGGAUGCUGGAGGUUGAAGGGAAAUCAAGAAGACCUAUCCUGAGACUUGUCAGGGAUCGCACAAGGAAAACCCUCAUUGGAGAGCAUCGCCAGCCUGUGAAACCUCAGAAAUGUUAG